GUGUCAGAAGGAGCAUCUGAGGACAUAAGAACACCUACCGCGGUGCACGCGGGUCAUCAACACAAACGCCCCCUUCGUUAACCGUUGGUACGGGCGAGACACACAACAUGUUUAUUGAAUGUGUAGCACACAACGUAGCAUGUGUAGUUAACGCUGGGGAUAAAGCGUGAUUUAACAUCGGUCUUACAUCAAUGAAACCGUUUGACUCAGACGAGGAGGGCGCGGAGCAGCUGGGGGCUUACCAAAAGGAGCUGAGACAGCGGGCCAACCACAGCAUACAGCAGCUCAGCAGUGUUUGGGCGCAGCUGGGCUCUGACGGAGAAGCGGUGGAGGAGCCCAGAGGCAGCGAUGGAAGCCUCUUCACCGCCACGGCCGAAGAGGACAGGGCUGCAUGGAGCCAAAAGACACAGAGCGAAGCAGUAAAUCAGCUGAAGAGCCUUCUGCUGAAGCAGAGCAGAGAAAUUCCCUCUCCUCUGACUCCUUCAAAGAAACCGUCUCCGUCAAAGAAAGUACAGCAUGAGGGACGGUCCAACUCGCCGGCUUUUCAGGAUUUCGUACCAAUGAUUCAAAACCAGUCAGAGUACAUCCAACACCUGGAAGCUGAAGUUAAAUUGUGCAAGGAGGAGCUGCACGAGAUUAAACAGCGAAUCAGAGUGGUGGUGGUGGAGAAUGAGAAGUUGCAUUCCAACCUGAAAUCCAGAGCUGCGGAUGAAUCACUGAAAGAUUUCCCUAUCCACAACUCCCCGGGAAAUGGGAGUUUGUCAGUCAACAGACACAACAUCCUGCUAAAAGAAGAGCUCGCCACGUGGAAACACGAACUAGAACAAUUGAAAGGGAUCUACCAGGCCCAGAUUGAAAGCUUGGAGGCUCAGGUCCUCUCCCUCAGGAAGGAUCUGUCGGUCAGUCAGAAGGAGUGCGAGGAGGUGAAGGAUCGCCUGCGACACCGGGAGAAACAUGCUGCAGAUGCACUGAGAGCUGACGGAGCUCCUCGUGUGGCAGGAUUGUGUCUGCAGUGUGCACAGCACGAGGCCGUUUUGGCUGGGACUCACACAAAUCUGCAUGUGCAGGCUAUUGACAGACUCCAAAAGGAGCGGGACGAGUUACUGGUGGCUCUGCGUGGUGUGCGAGCCAGUCAGCAGGAGGCCCAGCAGAGGGAGUGGUCGGCCUGUCUGCAAGUCAAGCAGGCUGUGGAAAUGGCAGAAGAAGCCAAUCUGUACAAAGCCAGGGUGGAGGUGCAGUGUGAGCAGCUGUCCAGGGAGCUGGCUCGACUCAGGGAACAACUAGAGCGGGAAGCGCAGGCAUUGAAGGAGAGACUGGCCGAGGCCAGAGAAGAGGGCCGGUCUGACGGCCGCAAGCAGAGAGAAGAGCUGACACAGACCGUGUCCAGCUUCUCUCAGCGGGUUGCUGAAUUGGAAGGACAGCUAGGCCGAGUUCACAGGGACAACAGCUCACUGACCAAUCAACUGGAAGACACUCUUGGCAAACUUACCAGCCAGGAACAAGAAAAUACCAAGGUGUGUGUGGAUCUGCGAUAUCAGCUCAGCCAGGCCCAGCUGAGGAAAGAGGAGGCAGAGCGAGAGCUCCGAGAGCUGCACACCAAGACCAGCCGACACGUGGAAAAGGCUGCGCAGGAAGUGGAAAGGCUGAGCUCAGAGCUGGUUGGCUGUCGGCAGCAUCUGGAGGUGGUCCAAAAGGACGGGAGCCAAUGGCAGACCGAAGCCCUGAGCCUAGCAGAACAGCUGGCAAAUGCCCAGCGCCAACUGCACCUCACCAGACAGGACAGAGAAAGUUCAGAACGGGCUCGUGAGAAGGAAAUGGCGUCAGCGGCCCUUUCAGCGCGUGAGCGAGAAAGAGAGCUGACUUUGCUGCUGGAGCAAACGGAGGCUGGACACCAGCAGAGAGUCAAAGAGUUGGAUGGUCUGCUGAGUUCCCAGAAUUCCCUGAUGAGGAGGCUGAAGGAGGAGUGCUGCGCGCUGGGAGUCCAGCUGGAAGAACUGACCGAAAGUAGCAGAGCAGCGCUGCAGCAGCUGGCCCUGGAGAAGCAGCACCUGGAAGAGACGGUGAAGAGUCUGAGAGCUCGCUGCUCCGACAUGGAGCACCAGUGUGUCCAGCACGGCCGCAUGCACCAGCGCAUGAAGGACAGGCUGCAGCAGUUGGACCGUCACUGUCAGAGCAGCGCUCAGCAGGUGUGUGAGCUGCUGGCCAAACAGAACCAGCUGAUGCAGGAGAGAAACACGCUGACUGAGGAGAUGCAAAGUCUACACACAGAGAGACGAGUCAACAUUCCGUCCACAUGAGUCUGUCCUGCUCAUUUCCUCCUGCUGUCGUUUGGAUCCGGAUCUGAAGUCAGAAAUCUCUUGUUGACAAGAACACAUCAAAUUGGUAUUUGUGCAUGUGUGUGUUUUUUUUUUACUGAGGGGGACAAGUGUGUUCCUCCUUUUUAUAUUGUGGUACAUUAUAAACACAACUAAAAAUCAGGUUUCCAUCUUAUAUAUUACAAUGUUGUUACUGUGAUGUUAAUUUUGUCCCACGGAGCAAAAUCACUUGAACUAAAAUGAGCUUUUUGGAAAAUUCUAUAGAGUUUCAAUAGAAUUGAUCCAGAUUGUUCAUUAUAACAGGGAAUAUUUUUUCUAUAAAUAUACACAUUGUUUAGAAGAUAAAGAGUCGACCCCGUGGCAGCAGAUUGACGUAGUGCUUUAUUGAAGCUGUCUGUAAGAAGGAAAAUAAUGUGCAUCCCCAUCAUAUACAUUGUGUAAAAAUACUAAGGAUGUACAGUGUAAAAAACAGCUUCAUGUUGAUGGUAAAUCUUUGUUUUCACAUCCUCGAGGCCCAACAGCACGAGGGACAGUUAAAGGCCUUUUGAUCGAUCUGCUGAGUUUCCCGACUACGUCUCAGUGUGAAUAUCAGCUGACACGCCAGAGAGCAGCAUUCAGUAUAACAGUGCUUCAGGGAAACAUGGCCGUCCACAAACACCUCACACGGCUGCAAAGCCACAGUAGAUGGACACGAAAUGGACUCAAUGGCCGCGUUGUGUUAUUUGUACAUGUUUUGCCGUUUAUAAAUAAAUGCACCUCAUGCUU